CGCGUCGCACCCUUUGUCUCUGUUUCUCUCUCCAACCCCUUCUGCUCCAUCACAAACUGGGCUGCAACGACUACUUCAUAUGCCGAUUUAAUCGCCAUGACCUCCAAACACAAUCCGCGCGUCACGCCCACUGUCGCUUCCGCCAAGGCGACUCCUGUCAAGCCAUCGGUCCCUUAUAGAUCCGGCGCCUGCUUCAAAAUCAAACCACACAAUCCACCGCCACCGUUCAGCGGCAGCUCGUACAAGAAACCAGAUCCUAGCGAAUGGAAUCCAGACCCAUGGCCUGAUUACUUCGAAGACGCACCUCCUACCAUCGUCGAGCAGUGCCUCCAGCACCUACCCAGGAGGACAACUCCUCUUGACCAAGCUACACGCGACCUUAAAGUUAUAGGGGAGAUCCGCUGCGGUGACCCUUGCAAUGCGCAAGUAGUGAGGUGUAAUGUUGAUGGAAAAGACCUGGUCGCUAAGAUUUUUGACCCUCUUUAUAUCAGCCAGGGCAAGUGUGACGAGCUCGAGUGUUCACCUGUUACACUUGCUGAGACCUUCUACUCCUAUGAGGCGGCUGCCUUUAUUAGGAUUAAGGAGAAGGGCCUUGAUGGAAAAUAUACCCCUUGUUUCGAGGGCUGCUGGUGUCUGGAAUUGCCUAUUCACGAUACCAAUGGCCGCUUAGUCUCUCGUGAGGUCCGCCUUAUAUUACAGCAAUUCAUCGCCGGCGACACUAUGCAGCAUCUGAUUGAACAGAAAGAGGUGGAUAAGAUUGACCCUGAAGUUCGGAUGGACCUGCUGGAUCGCCUCAUGGAGGCCUUGAGCCAGCUCGCCUUUAUAGGGGUACAAUCUGAUGAUCUGCACCCUAGAAAUUAUAUGGUUUCAGAGGAUAAAAACGAGAAGAAUGGAUGGAAAAUUACUCUGAUUGAUUUCAGCCACUCUCGUGUGUCGAAUCUACCCACAUCUAAAUGGUGGACACCUGAAGGAAAAGACGCGGGGCUGCCUGCAAAUCCAAUGAGCUCUUCGAGGCUCUGGCCGCCUAGGUGUCAAGGCUGGAUACCAAGAGAAUACGACUGCGCAACCAGAGAAAGCUUCGACAAAAGGCUUAAGCGGAUGAAAGAGCGGUGGGAAGGUUCGAAGGAAUACGGCCCUGUAAUUGAGCGGCGGCUUCCGAAGUACAAAGAUCGAGGGUAGGUACUUGAGCGGUACAAGCAUUGCUCUUGGGAACACAGGGCACCUAAUCGAGUAUUCAUCAAAACUUAUCGUGAAGUGGAACACCGUGAUUGCAGUGAAUCCAAAUCACAUUUCAUUGCGUCGUUUCAUUGUUGCACGGCACUUCGCGCAGACGUUAUGGCUGGCCAUGAAUGCCAUCACUUGCCAUUUCGUUUUGGCAAGUUAAAUUUAUAAUUUUUUAAUAUUUUUAAAAUAUAUAUAAAUUAUUUUAAAUAUUAAUAACUUUAUUUAAAUU